CUGCCAGCAUCUAGCCCCUCCCCCUUAGGUUCCUCCCAAAUAAUUUGCAGCGGGGCUGUGGCUGUGAGAAGCAGAGCUGGCUGAUGUGCGCUGCGUGAGUUCCCUACUGUGGCUGUGCGAUACUCCGACCCUGAGCGACAGAUAGAGGGGGCUUACAGCCGCUCCCAACUCCGGCUGCGAACUCUGGGACGAGACGUGUAGUGAAUUUGCUCUAUGAGCCACUGCCUUUAAUCCAAGCAAGUAAACACCUGCAACGCAUAAUAUUAGUACUACAUAAAGGCAUCCUGCUUGUAGAUUUCCACAGAUGCAAUGUGAUAUAAGUUCUAAUAGGAAUUUCAUGAGUCUCGAGAGCAAAGAGAUUGGAAAGAUGUCAGCUAAGGCCCCGAUAUACCUAAAGAGAAGUACCCGUAAAGGAAAGCUGAGAGACAUUCUGUCACCGGACAUGAUUAGCCCGCCACUUGGAGAUUUCCGGCACACUAUUCACAUUGGCAGUGGGGAAGGGGAUAUGUUUGGAGACAUUUCCUUCUUACAAGGGAAGUUUCACCUUCUUCCUCAGUCAAUGCCUGGAUCCUCAACUUCUUCUCCAGAUGCAACACCAACCACCUCCCAUCCGGAUCUUCUCAAUCCACCACCCUGCCACCCAGAUCUUCUCUCACCUCUGCUGAAGAAUGCUAUUUCACUACCUGCUAUUGGGGGACCACAGGCUCUAUCUCUUCCCCAGUCUCCACCACCAAAACCCCCGCGGCUUCACCUAGAUGAUAAACCCAAGAGCACAUUGAGUGAAGAAGGGGGGACUCAUUCAACAGAUGUGUCUGCAAACAAUCGUUUCACUGCAGAAGAGAGGGAAGAACGCAUUCUCGCCCAUGCUGGAUCUAUUUUGUCUCUUCAUGUUGAUUUAGGACCAUCGAUUAUGGAUGAUGUCUUGCAGAUCAUGGACAAGAGCUAAAGGCCUGCACUGGUGUAGCGUCGGACUGAUCAGUAUUAAACAAUGGGGCUUAAUUUUUUUUAAACAGAGAAAUAUUUUUAAACACUAAAUAAUUUUAAGACUGGAAUAAUAAGCUGCGUAAUGUGCUUUAUUAAGUUGAAAACCAAUUCUAUUUAGCAGUCAAAUUAGCACAUUGCUUUGUACAAUGCUCGGAAUGUUUUUUUUUUUUAUUAUGUAAGUGAAUUUGUCGUGCUGAAGUGCAAUGGUGGUGGCUGUGCUUACACUCCACGGGACACUUAUUUUAAUUUACAGUGGCCACAGCCUAUAUAUACAGUGGUAAUGAAUAUCUUCAUUGGGACAUUUUUAUUGAAGUAAUAACCCCCUCUCUAAAUGCUAUUAUAUAUUACACCCGUCGCCUUAAGUCGGAAUGAACUGAAUGUAGCAUUUAUUUGAAUUUUUUUGUGACCAAAAUGUGUAUAUCUUGCCAAAUACAGACAGAGGGCUUUGACAGUG